GCCCUUCUCCAAAGUGAAGAGCUGCUGAAGCAGCAGGCGAAGUCGAUCUUCGAACGAUGUGACUUGAAUCACAAUGGGCAGAUCGAACGCGAUGAGCUUCAAAUGCUUUGUGAGUCUAUGCAUGAGAGGAUCGGCUUGAAGUUGCUGAAUCAAAUCGACCUGGGUCGGCAGCUGGCGAGAUUCGACGACGACUUCAGCGGUGGACUGGAUCCCGAAGAGUUCGUCAGGCUCUACAAGCACCUUCUCCAGGAUGCUGUUGGGGAUGCUGAAGAACGGCCGCCUCCUCGCCAGCGGAGCCGGUCGAACUUGCGGCCUGCAGCCGUGUCCUCCGGCUUGCGACGGGCGCUGCCUCCAGAUCCGAGGUUCAUCCGUGCCAUCUUAGCUUCAGAGCAGCUGCUGCAGCAACAGGCUGGCGCUGUUUUCGUACAAUGCGAUCGAGAUCUGAAUGGUCAAAUUGAUCGGGACGAGCUUUUCGGUCUCUGCGCAGCACUGCACGAAGCACUGGGUCUUUCGAUGCAGGACGAUGUUUCCUUGGGCCGACGCUUGGCGCAGUUCGACGACGAUUCCAGCGGCGGGCUGGAUCGUCGGCAGUUUGUUCGUCUCUACAAGGAGCUGUUGCAGGAUGCCCUCCGCCGUGAGAUGCCAUCACCGCCCUCGCGGCGAUUCGCCCGUGGUGAUGAGGUGCUGGCGCCGUAUCUAGGCGAAGCCUCCGGUCGGAAGUACCAUGCGCUGGUAACGAGCGUCGUGGAGGUCGGUGCUGAGGUUCUUGUGGGACUACGCUGGCUUCGGCCACCCGCGGGGCUUCACCCCGAGGAGUAUGUUUCUGGUAACGGACUGGACGACACGCUGUGCACCCGU